AAUUACAUGAGGUAUUAUUAUUAUUUGAAGUAAGGAGUAAGAAAGGGGAGAAGAUUGGGUGUAAAGGUAAAACAAGGGUCAAUCUCAAGAGCAGAAGUGCAGUCGCCAUCUAAAUAAGGGACAGAGAUGUCUUUUUGCAAUGAAAUGCUCGCUGUCGUUACAACUAAGAAAGCUAAUAUUCCUUCCCUUGCGAGUGACUCACUGACUCCUUCUUCCUUACUUAGAUUCUUUCUUCAUUUCAAUUUCAUCGCAUCAAUCAAAUAAUCGUAUUCUUAUGAGUUGUUUGAGCUGAGCUUAGGACGCAUAAUCAUAACCAUGGUGAUGGAGCAGCAGAGGGCCACCACAUUCGACGAAGUGUCAAUGGAGCGAAGCAAGAACUUCGUCUUCGCCUUGCAGGAACUGAAGAACCUGAGGCCGCAACUUUAUUCUGCUGCCGAAUACUGUGAAAAGUCUUAUCUCAAUAGUGAUCACAAACAAAUGGUGCUUGAUAACUUGAAAGAUUAUGCUGUAAGAGCCCUUGUGAAUGCCGUUGAUCAUCUUGGAACCGUUGCUUACAAGUUAACUGACCUUCUUGACCAGCAAACAUUGGAUGUCUCAACCAUGGACUUGAAGAUAUCUACUCUGAAUCAGAGACUUGUUACAUGCAAAAUUUACACCGACAAGGAAGGUCUACGGCAACAGCAGUUGUUGGCUUUCAUUCCUAGACACCAUAAACACUAUAUUUUGCCGAAUCAUGUCAAUAAAAAGGUACAUUUCAGUCCACGCAGCAAGAUGGAUUCAAGACAACAUAAAAUUCAAACCAGAAAUCGUCUUCAAUCUUCAGGUACCCCUGUGGCAAAGACCCUUUCAUGGCAUUUAGCAUCAGAAACUAAGUCUACCUUGAAAAAACGGACAUCCCAUGCUUCAGCAAACACGAAGGACCCAAAUUUUUCUGCCAAGACAUCUGGAGUUUUUCACCUUUUAGAUAAUGAAGAGCGUACACGGACGAAACCUUCUGCAGCACAAACUCAAUUACCAAAUGGAAUUCCUAAUUAUACUACAGCCACCCAGACUACAGGUGUCAUGGGCAGGGAUGCAUUUGAGGGUUCCAAACCCACGACAGGUUUCAGGUCAUUUGACAUUCGAAAUCAGCCGGAGACGCUCCAAGUUCCCAAUCGCAGCAAAAGUGUGCUAUCCGCUUUCUUUGUUAAGCAGAAGAUGCCUAAAUUGAAGACUGGAUCCAUAUCAUGAAUACCUCUCAAGGAAAAUGCAAUCUUAUCCAUAUCAUGGAUAGAUUUUGCUUUUCUCUUUUUGGGAUGAAAGAGGAGUUAAUGAAGUUCUAUAAUAUAAGCAUAUGCACAAGUGUCUUUUGCUGUAACCAUACCUCUCCUAAAUGCCUAUAAUUACUUUUACUUAAUGCCCUUUGAAUAAUGACCAUGUAUAGUAGCCGUGAGCCAAAAGUUAACGAUGGUCAGAAUGUUCUGCUAGCUAAGUUUACAUAAUGUUUAGUGUAGAACUAGAUUAACAAGACAUAUACUCGUGAAAUGUGAAUUGUGAACUACAGAGCGCUGAAACAGGAUGUUUAUGCUGUUUCACUAUUGUGUCAAUACAUGUACCACCAAUACAUUUAGUACACAUGUAUUAAUAAUGAAAGAAAUUAAUUUUAAUUUUUCUUCA